AAACCCCGGAAGGCCGGACCUGAAUCCGAAAUCUAUGGAACAGGAGAAAGAGAGCAAUCAAUUAUUGGCGAAUUUUUUUCAGAGAAGCAAGGGAUCGGCUGAAAUUCAAUUGACUACCAGUACCAACACGAAGCUUGUUUUGUUCGAUCCGUCUCUUUUAGGACGGAUUUUUGUUACAGUUGGCUUUUUGAUUCGGAGUUGAUGGCAUUGAUGAUGGUGAGCCACUGAUGUCACUGUUCUGGAUUGUAAUUCGUCAGCUUGCGGAGAUCGAGGCUAUGGCUACAUCUAAGAAAGUCAUAACGAGGGAAGAGUGGGAAAAGAAGCUCAAUGAUGUAAAGAUUAGGAAAGAAGAUAUGAACAAAUUGGUGAUGAAUUUUCUUGUUACCGAGGGUUAUGUUGAUGCUGCUGAGAAAUUCCGGAAGGAAUCUGGCACAGAACCAGAUAUAGAUCUUGGAACAAUCACAGAUCGCAUGGCUGUCAAGAAAGCGGUGCAGAGUGGAAAUGUUGAGGAUGCCAUAGAGAAAGUUAAUGAUUUAAAUCCUGAGAUACUGGACACAAAUCCACAACUGUUUUUUCAUCUUCAACAACAAAGGUUGAUAGAACUUAUACGAAAUGGGAGAGUAGAAGAGGCUCUGGAAUUCGCUCAAGAGGAACUUGCGCCAAGAGGAGAAGAAAAUCAAGGCUUUUUGGAAGAAUUGGAGAGGACCGUUGCUCUGCUAGCAUUUGAGGAUGUCUCCAAUUGCCCUCUUGGAGAACUGCUCGAUAUGUCACAGCGUCUGAAGACAGCAAGUGAGGUGAAUGCAGCCAUCCUUACAAGCCAAAGUCAUGAAAAAGACCCAAAGCUUCCAAGCUUGUUAAAAAUGCUGAUAUGGGCUCAGAAUCAGCUUGAGGAGAAAGCCGCUUUUCCUCGGAUAAAUGAUUUAUCUACUGCUGUUCUUGAAGACCCUCCCGUUUGAAACACUUGAAGCUUCAAAUGGAUGAUUCUAAUUGCUUGCGCUGAAGAUAUGAACCAGAAUGGAUUUAUCAAACUUAUUGUGUAGCUCUAGGACACAAUAGCUGUAGGUUGUUAUUUGGUCAUGGUUUCAUUCGAUAAUAACUGUAGGUUUGGUUGGUUUUAUUUGGUGAAUGUGAAUACCUAUUGCUCAGCUUGAAAACUUUAUUCAAACCCUUCUAGUACCCGUUUU